GAAAAUGAAUUGAAGAAUAAAUAUAAUAAAUCCAUGCUCGCACCUUCUCCAUUAGGAACGGGAAUUGCCAAAGUGACAAUUGGAAGAAUGAUGAAGGAAAUGAGCAAAAGGAAAACGAAUUUGGAUUGCAUUGUUGAAGGUUUUUUGGGAAUUUUUUGA